AAACGAUAAACGAUCUUUUAUUGGCUGACUACGCUACUGAUGUAACUACAGAAACGCUUGGUUUAAUUGUUAUCGUGCUAUCAUAGGAGUGCUACGUUAGACACGCGAGGCAUCAUACAUACUCAAUACGCUAUUGCACGGAACAAACGGCAUCCCAAUAUUGGGGAUGCCAGAAGACCAUUGCCCGAUGUGAUACGCGGGAGCAGACGCUCCCACAGGACCAGACGGCCUUGAAUCACAAUGGUAACAUACGCUGGAACCAAAGUGCCAUUUCCCGGAUGUGAUAUGCGGGAGCAGACGCUCCCACAGGGCCAGAUGGCCUUGAAUCACAAUAUAACACAAGCCGGAGCCAAAGUCCCAUUUCCCGGAUGUGAUAUGCGGGAGCAAACGCUCCCGCAGGGCCAGACGGCCUUGAAUCAAAAUGUGCCAUUUCCCGGAUGUGACAUGCGGGAGCAGACGCUCCCACAGGGCCAGAUGGCCUUGAAUCACAAUAUAACACAAGCUGGAGCCAAAGUGCCAUUUCCCGGAUGUGAUAUGCGGGAGCAGACGCUCCCACAGGGCCAGAUGGCCUUGAAUCACAAUAUAACACAAGCUGGAGCCAAAGUGCAAUUUCCCGGAUGUGAUAUGCGGGAGCAGACGCUCCCACAGGGCCAGAUGGCCUUGAAUCACAAUAUAACACAAGCCGGAGCCAAAGUCCCAUUUCCCAGAUGUGAUUUGCGGGAGCAAACGCUCCCGCAGGGCCAGACAGCCUUGAAUCACAAUGGUAACAUACGCUGGAACCAAAGUCCCGUUGCAUAGGCUAGUGAGAUGCGUGAGCAGAAGCUUCCGCAGGGCCAGAUGGCCUCAAUCUCAUCACUGCUAAUGUAGGCGGGGGAGAUUCAGUAUGCCGGAUGGGAUUCGCUAUGGAAUUAAGAUGAUGAUCGAAGAUCAAGAAUGAGAGACUUCUUUGUCCGUGUUGUCGUCAUUGUUUGGGACUCCGCUUCAUUAUGUCAGC